AUGAUGAAGAACAACAGGUCCAUACCUCCUCAACACAAGGGUUCGACAACUUCUGAAGCAAGAAAUGAUGUUCAUAGUUGCAAAGAGGAUAAAGCAGCUGUGAGGUCUCAUGUUGUGGAGAAUAAAGCAACUCAUAAUAAGCUAGCGAGCAAACCGUCUCCAGACAUAGAUGCAAGUGCUGAGGCAUUCAUCAAGAAAUUCAGGACACAACUUAUGAUCCAGAGGCUUGAAUCCAUUGAGAAUUACGAGCAAAUGCUAGCUAGAGGCCUCUAA